AUGACCGUAAGCGACAAUUAUUUUUCAGGCAAAGUGGCCGUCAUAACAGGUGGCUCUCGCGGAAUUGGCCGCGCUGUCGCGGAAGCAUUGGUCUCGCGUGGCUGUAAGGUUGUAAUUGGCGAUGUUUUGGAUCAAGUGGGCCAGGAAACUGUGAACGAAUUGAAUACACGUGCUGCUGGUGUCAAGGCCGCAGCUUAUAUCCACACGGAUGUCACCGUCUACAAGGAUGUGCUUGCCUUAUUCAAAUUUGCUGAAUCCGAGUUUGGUGGAGUGGAUAUUGCUUUCCUCAAUGCAGGCGUUAUAAACAAGCCUGAUUAUAUGUUUUCGCCGUUGGAUGAUGAGGCAGAGAAACUGUUGCCUGAAGUUAACAUCAGCGGUGUAGUUAAAUGCACGCGUGUGGCUAUGCUUGCUAUGGCUAAACGAGGCGGAGGAGUGAUUACAGUCACUGCAAGCUGUGCUGGCUUCCUUGGACCCUUUGCACAAUCGAUUUACAAUGCUACCAAGCAUGCUGUCGUUGGCUGGACACGUAGUCUUGGCAUGCUCAAGGAUAUCUGCAAUGUGCGGGUGAAUGCAGUCUGUCCUCAUUGGGUUGAAACUGACAUGAGACACAAAAUCACGAAGAAGGGAGAAGUCGUUGUUGAUCCAUACCCUGCAUUCGUCCAGCAAUCACCUACUGUCAAGAUUGAUACAGUCGUGAGCGGUGUUCUGUCUCUGAUGGAAGAUGAAAGUCGUAAUACUGAAACUUUAUUGACUCUACCGCCGAACAUCUUACGUGUUCAGGAACCCAUUCAACCUUUUCCCGAGCAAUCAAAUCCCGCAUAUGAUCAGCUAGCAGAGCAGUAUGAGAAAGAUGCGCUGGUAUAUUACAAGUCCUUGCUGGGACCUGCAUUGAAGAAAUAUGAACAAGCUUAA